AUGUCGGGGGUGGACCAAGAACGCAAAGGCGAAGCUGAGGACUUGCCUCCCAGGAAAGACAUGGCCACAUCAGAGAAGAGAAACGCGUUCACCGAGCUUCUCUCAUCCAAGCCCAAGCAGCCGAAGCACGCGACCGAUGGCCCAUCCAACCGCGCACCCAAGAACAAAGCUUCCUUCGGAGCUCGAGAUGGAUUGGGGGCUUACCUCACAAAACCAGAGUCAUACCCAUCAAAUGUGGUAGUUUCUCACAACAAGGACUUUGUGGUGAUCCACGACAUGUUCCCGAAAUCGACACUGCACCUACUCCUUCUCCCGCGCGACGCAACCAAGACCCGUCUGCACCCGUUCGAGGCCUUUGAAGACGCAGAAUUCCUUGACAAAGUGCGCUCUGAAACUCGCAAGCUGCGCACCCUGGCGGCGGGGGAACUGCGACGCAAAUACGGCAAGGAUUCCGCGCAGGAGCAGGCGAGACUGGCGGCGAUGGAUGCAGACCCGCCGCCGAAUGCGCUACCACCGGGAAGGGAUUGGGAGCGCGAAGUGAUGUGUGGAGUGCAUGCGGUGCCGUCGAUGAACCAUUUGCAUGUCCACGUCGUCUCGGUGGAUCGGUAUAGUGAGCGCAUGAAACACCGGAAGCACUACAAUAGCUUUGCGACGCCGUUCUUCGUGCCCAUCGAUGACUUUCCGUUGGCGCCGGAUGACGCACGGCGACAGCCGACACGCGAGGGCUACCUACGUCGGGACUUUAUUUGUUGGCGCUGUGGGAAGGACUUCGGAAACCGGUUUGUUGAUCUCAAAAAACAUCUGGAGCACGAGUUUGAAGAAUGGAAGAAACUGUAG